GCUUGAGUCACUUGACCGGUCGACCCAUGACAUCAGCAUCCGUACUACGCUGCGCAUUCCAGGGGCGCAGCUCAUGCGCAGUUCUGCCGACGUUCAGGAUCAUUGUGCUCGGGGUCCACAGUGACCCACUUUGGUACUUGAUGGGCUACUGACUAUUUCUAUUACUAGCAACUUACAAGUACUGUCUUGAAAAUGAUACUGCAGAGCAAGGAAGAACCGCAGCUACAUACCGCUAUGCUCAUUCAAGAUGAUAAGGAACCCUCACCAUCCCAUGUUCCAGAUUGUGAUCCUCCGCCGUACAGUAAUUUCACGUCAGGUUCUGCUGGAGUGUCUGCUGUCACGAUAGACUCGGAGCUCGCCAAUGCGCCUACAGUGAAGACCAUUCGGCUAGAAAAGCACCAUGAGUUGAUAUCCGGAAAGUACAUCAUUGACCCUGACGAGUCAGAAGACCAGACAUCCGCCCUGCUAGGCUUUGCAGUCAGGCACACUGACCUAGUAGGGUUAAGGAAAGCAGCCAACUUUCUCUCUGCAGCGCCGCAUGCCGUUUUUCGCAAUCAGUUCGGGUCCAUUUUUCUGACUCUAGCGACCAAAGGGUCGUCAGAACAAUGUAGUCGGACAAUAAUUGACGUUUCGACCCGCUAUGGGGAUAUUGCCGUUAACUUGAGUUCCGUACAUCCUGGUAAACGCAUCACGCUGAAAGUAACUUCCCGAAGAGGCAAGAUGGUAGUACUGCUUCCCCCAACCUUUUGUGGGGACGUGCAGAUACACAGUAGCAAAUUGGGUGGUUAUGACAUUCUUCCAGGACUGUCCAGCAGCAUCCGCAGCAUGAACGGGAAGAGGACAAAAACGUUGUUACUUAUCGGCGACAAUGCUCCGACAGCUGAAGGGAGUAAAUCCACGGAUCACUGUCGUCUCUCCUCACGCCACGGAAGGAUUGUCCUAGGCUUGAGUGGGCAAGACAGCAUGCCAACACCACAACAAGAGGGUAACAUAUGGAGAAAGAUAGGUUCCUUUUUCCGCGGUGGUGAAAGUUCUUGAGAUUGUGUAGAUACACACGAAGUAGCGCCUGAUUCAAUCUUCUAUCACAGAUGAACGUGAGCAAUCGUACGCGUAGACUUACCUAACUCCGAUGGUACCGGAGUAUGGAUCACACUCUAUUCCGCGUUCGAUAUGCACCAGGUGUCAAGCGCCGAAUAGUUGAUAAACUCAGACAUGUUACC